GGGAGAGACCUGGAGACGUGGGAGGGCGCACCGCACAUCACCCACAUCUCCACUGUUGUCGGCCCGUAUAGGCCAUGUCCACACGGGGAAGCACACGCUAGGAGCGACAGAGACCAGGUACCCCUUGGGCCAUGCCUCUACGUAGGUGCCAUCGAAACCCAGAGAAUCUCCACAUCUAUAUCAAGGCAUCGCGUCGCUCGCUGUCAGUGUCACCGAACCCGCCGUGCUUGGGUCGUCCGGCAUUCCGCUCCUUUUUGUUGUUGUGAACUCGCCCGGACACGGAGCGUGUGUGCAAAUACGGGACGGACCCGGUCGAGAGGUUUGAACUUCCGAAGCGGUGAGCAUCCCGGCUGCGUAUUGGCACGGCUUUGCAGCUCGUUCUUUAUUUUCCCGGUUCUGUCAACUUGUCCGCCAGCCAUCUGGGACCGUGGCAGACGGUUGCGGUGAAGUCUAUCUCGGUGCCCGAAGCCAGCGCUUAGUACCUUGUCGCAACACUCGGCCGCCCCAGUUCGUGUUCGAGACCCCGAGUACGUACGGUACUAUCGCGAAAUUUCAAAGUUAGGGCUACAGUACUCCGAAGAAAGGAACAACGACCCAGGACCUACACUACUUAGGAAGGCGUCACCGGAAGGCGCCACAUCGGGGAGCCUAGUACUGCAAAAAUCAGACGCAUCACCAAAACUCCUUUGUCAAAGAACGGCCAAGCCACGGGACCGUUCAGACCAGGAAUAGACCCAAUUGGAACGUUGGAAUAUUCGAGGUCUUAGGUCUAGGAGGCUUUUCAAUAAUCAGCUGCUGCUCACCCAGGACUCCCUAUCUCGUGCUAUGACAUCGGUCCUACCCUGAACCUGCAGAGUGGCAUCAGCACAUGCAAACUGGGCAGCAAAAUCUACCUACCUUCUCUACGACGUCAACAGCCUCACCCGUGAAGAGGUUGUUCUUUGAAUCUUCGAACCCAGAAACGGGUCUUCUUUCAUGACCUCAUUGGAUCAGUGCCACCCAGAUCCGGGCCGUUUCAACCAGGUCCACGGCCCUGAAGACGCAAAAUAACCCCGCAAGCGAUCCUCUUGGGCCUAUCACACAAGGCGCCCUGAGCUGACCUGCCCCGCAUCAACGACCAUGAUUUCCCGCAUCCGAGAGGUACCUCUACCUCUACCUAUGCAAGCCGACGAUGCGUCGUCCGCAAGCUUCACAGGCGGCGCCGUGCUGGAUAUGCCUGGUGUGACAAGGCGGCGGCGCUCUGUAAAUUCUAGCACGGCGCCUGACCCCGCGGCGGCACACAAAGCUGGUGUCCAGGCUCGUGGCUCUGCUGACGACUCACGUUAUCAUCACGGGCUGUCCAGACUUGAAAGCAGCCUAGACUAUAGCACAGAGGCAGGCAACCCCAACAUCUCGAAAUCACGCAGCGAAGAAAAAGAGGCCCGAAAGAGGCAGACGGAUGCCGGUGCCGAUAUUCCCUCCAGCCCAGGCAGCCCUCCCUCGCCUAGAGCUGCCGUCUUCACUCGCUUUCGUUCCACCGGGCCAAGUGCAGUUAGCAAAUCGCAAGCGAAACGCGAAUGGUCCCAGAGUUGCCGUGGUGUCCUCACCAGUCUGAUUCGUGUGCUUUCAUCGUCAGUGGUUUUUUUGGCAGUCGUUUUUGUUCUCCGGGCUCUCCUCCCCGACUCGGCACUUCAUUAUUCUUCCUUCUUAUCUCGACAAUCCACUUUGACUCCUCUCACAACCAAGGCCACGUUUUCUCCCCCGGCCCUCUCGCAACAAGCACACCAACCACAACCACCCGCAGUGUGCGAGAUUCAUCCCCCAUUUCCCACACCCGCCCCAGUCUCGAGCCCGCUCACUAUGGCCCUCGAGACCCAGACAAAGACCGUUGUCGGUCAGUUCGACUAUUCGGACGAAGAUGUCAAUAAGGGCGUCGUAGAGUUCCUUCGUCAAAUGGCCGAAGGUCUCGAGAAGGAUGGCGCUAGCAUGAGCCAGAUUCCCACAUAUGUCACCGCCGUCCCCAAUGGCACUGAAAAGGGUCUUUACAUGGCUGUCGAUCUCGGUGGCACCAACUUCCGCGUUUGCUCAAUCCAGCUCAACGGCGACACCACCUUUCGUCUGACGUACACCAAGGUCGCUAUCCCCAGAGAGCUCAUGGUUGCCAAGACCGCCGAGGAGCUGUUCGCUUUCUUGGCGAAGCAGGUCGAAAUCUUCCUCAGGACACAUCAUGGAGAGCACUUCGAGGCACAUAUCCGCAGACGCAUGACCAUGAGCUCCCCCGAGGGCUUCAAGGACGAGAACGUCUUCCGUCUCGGCUUCACAUUCAGUUUCCCCGUCCAACAAUUGGGUAUCAAUAAGGGUACGCUCAUUCGCUGGACCAAGGGUUUCGAUAUCCCAGACGCCGUUGGAAAGGACGUUUGUGCCCUCCUGCAAACGGAGAUUGACAAGCUCCAUCUCCCCGUCAAGGUCGCUGCUCUCGUCAACGACACUGUUGGCACUUUGAUGGCUCGUUCCUACUCUUCCCCUGGCAAGAGCGGUGCUAUUCUCGGUGCUAUCUUCGGUACUGGCACCAACGGAGCUUAUGUCGAGAAGCUUUCCAACAUCAAGAAGCCCCUAGCCGGCGAGUACGAUAAAUCUACCGGAGAGAUGGUCAUCAACACUGAGUGGGGUUCGUUUGACAACCAGCUCAAGGUCCUUCCUAACACACCAUGGGAUGUCCAGCUCGACCUGGCCACCCCCAACCCCGGUAUUCAGAUGUACGAGAAGCGUGUCUCGGGCAUGUACCUCGGCGAGAUCUUGCGAUUGACGGUCAUUGAUCUGCUUAAGAACCCAGACGUUGCUCUCUUCAAGGACGAUAACUCGAGCUACAAUGACUGGAAGUCAACUACCAACAUUGCCGAACACUCCCCCAUCUACAAGCAGUGGGGUCUUGAUACCUCGGUCCUCUCUGUCGCUGCCGCUGACAGUACCCCCGAGUUGUCGAUCCUCCGUCAGGAGCUCGAGGCCAACCUCCACAUUUAUGCCCCCUCUUUGGAGGACGCUCAGGCUUUCAAGGCCAUUGCUGGUGCUAUCGGUCGUCGUGCUGCUCGUCUUUCGGCUGUUGCUAUUGCUGCCAUUGUUUUGCAGACCGGCAAACUCAACGACCCCGAGCAGGAUGAGCCUAUCGACAUUGGUGUUGACGGAAGCUUGGUCGAGCACUAUCCCUACUUCCGUGACAUGAUCUACGAGGCUCUCCGUGUCAUCAAAGGCAUUGGUGAGGAGGGUGCCAAGCGGAUCCGUAUCGGUAUUGCCAAGGAUGGAUCCGGUGUUGGUGCCGCGUUGAUUGCUCUCGUCGCCGCCCGCAUGGAGAAGAGCACUUCCACAGCCGACUUCAUCAGCGACCUGCGUCUCAACGCCAAGAAGACCGACUUGACCGCUGUGCCUGAGGAUAGCGAGCUUGCCGCCGGGGAAUAGGAGUCCACAAAGGCAGCUUGUCCAUUGCCAGGCAUGACAUCACUGACAUGUCGCAGAAAGAGGUGCAUUGUUAUGUGAACAUGGCUUAGCGCAGGGAAGGAGUUUGGGAGUGAAGGUUGACAUAAAAAACUGUGUUAAGCGAAGAGCAACAUUUGUGUGCUGUGUAAGGAUGAACGACAAUGGGACGAGGAACCUGGAAAGGGAUAUGAGGUUCACAUAAAUAUUUCAAUGUUCUUCCUUUGGUAUGGUUGAUUGGGCAGGCGUCACUGGGUUAGGGUUUAUCGCAUUAGGGAAACCCCCAAGGCAUGGAUGGGCUUUGAAUUUAUAUUUUUCUCUUUUAUCAUGAAAUGGUAGCCGGAUUGGAACGGAGAGAUGUUAUCUACUGUAUAACAAAAAGACUAUCAACCAGCGAAGUUGUGACUUUUGAAAUACCAGUUGUUCCUCCUCUCAGUUUUGCGUUAUCCCUUUAUCAAUGAUGGCAUUUCGCAACCGUAGCCAACUCUAAACAACGGCUUUGAUUCGAGUCCUCAGAUGCUGCUCAAGCCAAUGGUGGGAGCACAGGAAAUCCAAAC